AGUUGCCGCGGACUGCAGUCACCCACGGAACGCUCCACGAGUUUGCCAAUUAAGGAAAAAGAUUCAUCAUGUCUGAGGCCACAAAUGGACAUAAUGGGACACCUGUCGAGGACCUGCCCAAAUGGGUGAGCAACAUUACACUGGCAAAGGCGAUUAACGCCACGACUGGUAUUGUUGAGAGCAUCGGUCCAAUUACUGUAGUGAAAGGCAGCAGCGAGGGCGAGAACUAUUCCUCCCAGUUCCUGCGAUUGUUGGUGGACGUGGAGCUGAUUGAUCAUAGCAUCAGACGCAUAUCCUUUGUCCUGAAGGCGCAGCACAACAACGAAGUGAUGGCUGCCAUUUUGUCCAAGCUGAAGCUCUUCGAGAAGGAGGAGCAGAUGUACCACAAUCUUCUGCCCAAAUUCGAGAAGCUGUACGCGGUAGCCGGCAAGCGCAUACAGUUUGCUCCUCGGGCCUUCAAGGUGGACCGCGAUCCGGGUGUGGACUACAUUCUGCUGGAAGAUCUGCACCAAAAGGGCUUCAAGAACGAGAAUCGUUUGGCCGGCCUGGACCUGGAUCACAUGCAGAAGGCUCUGGAAAAGCUGGCUGCCUUUCAUGCGGCAUCCGCCUGCUAUGUGGAGCAUAAUGGCCUCUUUGGGGAGGAGUUUACUGUGGGUGUGUUUAGCGAAGCCAAUCGUAAGUUGCUCCAGGAGUUUAAUGCCUCGGGAGCCUUUCUGGCCCAGCUCAAAAAGUGGAAGAAUGCACAGAAGCUGUACGAGAAGUUGGCUGAUAGCGAUGAAUAUCUGGUGGAUCGACUCCUGCAGGAUCAGCAGUACAAUCCCAGGGAGUUCAAUGUGCUCAACCACGGCGACUGUUGGGCCAACAACAUAAUGUUCCAGCACGAUGCCUUUGGAGUCAUUAAGGAGACCCUGUUCGUGGACUUUCAAGUGGGAAAGUACGGCAGUCCGGCCAAUGAUCUGUACUACUUCAUCUUGUCUUCGGCUGCGCCAGAAUUGAAGACAGCCAAGUUCGAUUACCUGGUGCGAUACUAUUUCGAUAAUCUGGUGGAGAACCUAAAGCUGCUCCAAUACCACCGACCCCUGCCCAAGUUGAAGAAUCUGCAUGCGGCCCUCUUCCGCAAUGGGUUGGCUGCCUACAUGGUGGUGUCCAAGGUGCUGCCCGUCGUGAUGCUUGACAAGACCAACAAUGCCAAUCUGGAGAGUUACAUUAGUGACGAGUCCAAGAUGAAGAACGCCAUGUUCACCAAUCCCAAGUACGUCCAGGUGAUGACAGAGGUGCUGCCAUGGUUGGACAACCGCGGCCUGCUUGACUGGAAGUAAUUAUCUCCCCCAAUUGCCGGCUAUAAUAAUGCUUAUUUAAUUGCUUUACCAACAAAUUUGUUUUGGCAGCCAAAUAAAUAUCUAAUUAUAUUCAAACUAACCUUUGACUAGCUAUUAAAUAUU